ACACGCCCUCAUCCACCGUCCCACGCAAUCUUGCUUUCGCCUCCACCGCGUCGCGACACUCGCGGCACGCGGCCGGACGGUGCGCGGCACGUGGCUGGGCGGCUAUGCCGCAUCCUCCUCUCAUCGAAGCGGUUCCUCUCCAUGCUUCAGCUCCGGAAGUGCUUUUGGGAGAGGCCUUUUUCAACGAGGAGACGAGCCCCGGGGACUCGACGCCGGGUGUGCCGUUGCCUGGAGCGGUCGUGCAUCCGCAGAAGUGGAGCGAGGGGCAAGUGAGAGAUUGGUGGGAACGCCGGACGAAAAGGCGGCAGGUGGAGGUCCUGUCGAAGGGCACCGACGGUCGGAACAUCAUGCGUUGGAACGUGAGCCGCUUUGAACAGAUGUGUAAAGACACCAGCCUAGCGAUGGCGCUCUACCAGGACCUGAGGAACGAAGUGCAGCGCUUCGAGCAUUUCCGCAAGACGGGCAUCGUCUUGAAGGCCAUGCCCAUUAUCAAUGGAGAACGGCGGCCCUCUGAGCGGAAUGGCUUGACCUUGAAGCCCGCACCAAGGCGUGUCGAGCCUAAGCCGGCACCAGAGAUCAUCCCAAAGAAGCCAACGGUGAGCCGUGCUCAAACUGCUCGGACUCCCUUGCGUGGAGAACGGCGAGAUAGCCAGCGGACGAACACUGGAACUGGUCCAGGCACCCGGCUUGGCGCCUCCGCCAAGGCCGUCGCGGCGCGGCGCGAGUCCAGCGCCGGAGCCGUGCAGCGCCAGAAGUCGGCGCCGCGCAUGCCCAAGCCCACGCCCAAGCCCGCGCCGAAGCCCACCGCCAAGCCGCCGCAGAAGACGGUCACACCGCUUGCGGGCGCUGGUCUUGCAGGCGCACCAGGUCAAGCGAAGGGCGAGAAGGAGCCGCGGAGGCGAUCCUUAGUGAUGGAAGAUCUCGGCGAUGCCAUGCUCCAUCAACUGAGCACAUCCGCGAAGACCGCGGAGGACACAGCGAGUCCAGCGUUGCCGCAGGAGGGCACCGCGCAGCCCAAGGCAGUGGAUGACACAGUGGUGGUUCGCAGACCCAAGUCUGCGCGUGUUGAGAAGGUGAAAGACGAUGAUUCUGAGGAGACUCGACAGAUGUUCGACAAGCGAGAGCUGCGGAAGCGCCACAAGGAGCUCUUCGAGCAGCACGUGGAUCAGUGGCGACGAAGACAGACAGAUUCUUCGAGCCCGGAAGCUGAACAAUGUCGGGUACGAGUCUAUGUGAGGAAGCGCCCUCUAUUCGAAUAUGAGAAAGAAGAAGAAGAGUUCGAUGUGGCCACGGCCUUGGGCCGCAAAAUCGUCAUCCACAACUGCCUCACGAAAGCUGACCUUCGUUCCCUCUUCAUUUCGCACAUGGGCUUCCAAUUUGCACACGCCUUUGCUGAGUCGGUGUCAGAGGAUGAGGUCUAUCGGCAUUGUGCAGCCGAUGCGGUCCAACACAUGUUGGCUGGAAAGGUGGCCACAGUCUUCAUGUUUGGUCAAACUGGGAGCGGUAAGACGCACACCAUGAGCGGCCUGUUCCGCCGGGCGGCGCAGCACAUCUUUCGGUCUGAAUCCUCGGUGACGUUGACGGCCUUCGAGAUCGCUGGGAAGGUGAUGCGCGACCUGUUGGAUCAGAGUUCCAAGGAGUUGAAGAUCCGAGAGGAUAAGAGUGGCAAGACACAAAUCCUUGGACUGCAAGGGUCAGACAUUUCAUCGCCUGAUGCGCUGCUGAGUGGUUUGACCCAAGCGCAAGGCGGUCGGGCCACUCGCGCAACACAGGUGAACGAGACUUCGUCGCGCUCCCACGCGGUCUUUUGCAUCACCAAAGGUGAUGCCACCCUGACGUUGGUGGAUUGCGCGGGCAGCGAGCGAAGGGAAGAUGCCACGCAGCACGAUGCGCGGAGCCGCAAGGAUGCCGCUGAAAUCAACUCGACCAUCUUCGCGCUCAAGGAAUGCUUUCGUGUCAUGCGAUCCUCCAAAGGUCAGCCGCCCUAUCGGGAGAGCUUGUUGACUCGUGUGCUGGCCGACAGCUUCGGUAGUGCCGAAGCCUUGGUGGUGGCCAUCGGCACAGUGAGUCCUGCGGCCAAGGACACGGAGCACUCCAUUGGAACUCUCCGUGCACUUCAGCAGCUGCAAGGGACUCAAAUGCUCUUUGAUGAGCGGGAAGAUGUCGGCAAGCCCAAAGCUGAGGUGGAGAAGCCCAAGGAAAGCCAUCCCAAGUCAUGGUCCGAGACAGAGGUGCGGCAGUGGUUGGAAGAGGCUGCUGGUGGUCGUGCCAAACAAUUUGCUGCCUGUGUCUCCAAGGGCACCGACGGCAAGAAUCUGCUCCGCUGGCCCAAUGUGCGCUUUGUACAGCUCUGUGGCGGAGAUGACGAUCUUGGCAACAAGUUGUACCAGGUGGUGCUAGCUUGGAACCCCUUCUUCCCCGCUGGAAGAAACACGGGAGGACGGGGAAACGACGAGCGGAGCUUUGGCGCCAGGAACUUCGGGUGAAGAUGCGCCUCUAAGGAUCCUGCUGCCAGCAGGAGCCCCUGGGAAUUAUCAGUUUGAGCCCUUGAGCGACUGCCGCGCUUCUUGCUUAAGGCUCGAACUUUGGAAUUUCUGAUCUUCCGGCCUAGAGGAGGUAAUACCUCACCUUUUUAGUCUCUAGACUGGACUCUAGACUUUAGAUUCUCGUGGUGGAUUCGACACCGCAUGUUGCUUUGCAUGGGUUCCCACGCUUGUGAAUACAAGCGUCACAAGGGGGGCACAACUCGCGUUUCUGGGGCAAAAGAGGUUUCGCGCAGGGUUUGGCCUGCACGAAUCCGACUUCAGGUGCGCAGGCUGUAUUGACUGUAUAGUGCUUCACAGGUUCCGAGAUGAACACCACCAAAUUCUGCCUAGCCAACAACUCCCACUGCUGAAUUGUAGCCUAGUCAGCAUUUUGAUUUGGUCAACGUGCUUGUGCGAUGCUUGGUGGAUUAGCAGAUGUGAAACAUGUGUUCUUGUACAUUUCUCAGGUGCAAACCCUGGGAGGGUAGGACUCAGGCUUUAAAAGGCUUCGGAACAACUCAACGGGGGCAACUCUAGAUUUGGGGAAUCACCAAGAGAUCAGGACAGCAGUGCCAUUGUUUUUGUGUAAUAUAUUGGCAAUUGGGCCUGGUCUUGUUUCUUAUUUGUUGUUUCCUUCCUUUCUUCUCUGCAUGAGGUUACUGUAAAUGUCUGGAGCACAAAGUGGCACAAAGACCCAAAAAAGGUUUUGACCAGUCGACCAGCCUUUUUGUUGGUGGAGGGAGAGCAUGGCAGCAUGGUCAGCGCAGAACAGCUGUUUGCAGCCUUUGAGUGAAGUUGAGCAGUUUGUAACUUAG